CCCAGCAACACGGAAGAGCACUGCCAGCCUGCACUCUGCCAUUACAAACACACAUAUACAAACACACACUCGCGCACACGCACAAACACACACAUACACACAUGGUGAGCGAGGAGCAAGGAGCAAAAUAUUGUGGAUUAUAACUUGACAUCAACAAAAUUCGACCUCCAUGGGGUAGCCAUACAGAUGCAGUGGAUUCCUUGAAUUUUGAAAUUAUCAUCAUGACGUACAGCAAGAGGCAAAAAGGGAUCCCAUAGAUUUCUCAAAGACAUGUGGCAAUAAAGUGGUGAGGACCUUACGAUGGGUGACUGGAACCUACUGGGCAGCAUCCUGGAGGAGGUCCACAUUCAUUCAACAAUCGUGGGCAAGAUCUGGCUCACCAUUCUCUUCAUUUUCCGCAUGCUGAUCCUGGGGGCGGCUGCUGAGGAUGUAUGGGAUGAUGAGCAGUCUGAAUUUGUCUGCAACACUGACCAACCAGGUUGCAAGGCAGUCUGCUAUGAUCGUGCCUUCCCCAUCUCGCUUAUUCGCUUCUGGGUCUUGCAGGUCAUCUUCGUCUCUGCACCCUCACUGGUUUACAUGGGCCAUGCUCUCUACUGCAUCCGAGCACUAGAGAAGGAGCGCCAUAGGAAACGGAUACAGCUGAAAGAGGAGAUGGAUGAAGCAGAAUUGCCACUGGAUGAACAUAAACGAAAAGAGAGAGAGCUGAGGAAGCUGGAUGAACAGCGAAAAGUAAAAAAGGCACCUCUUCGAGGAUCCCUCUUGAGAACCUACAUCAUUCAUAUCCUUGUACGCUCUGUGGUGGAGGUGUUCUUCAUACUUGGGCAAUACAUUCUAUACGGUGUUCAACUUGACCCACUGUAUAAAUGUGAACGGAUGCCUUGCCCCAACAGUGUGGACUGUUACAUUUCGAGGCCCACCGAGAAGACCAUUUUCAUGGUUUUCAUGAUAGCCAUUGCUGGUGUCUCGCUUUCUCUCAACAUUCUGGAAAUAUCCCACCUUGGCAUCAGGAAAAUCAAAACGGCCCUCUCUGGAGAGAGAUACAUGGAAGAUGACAGUUUAAUUUUCAAGUCCAGGAGGAAAGUAUCACUGUCACAUCAUUGUGUGAUGAGCAAUGCGUCACCUUACAAUGGACCUUUGACACAGACCUUCAAUGUAAUACCAGAAGAAGACGUAAUACCUCCUCAUUACCCCGGGCUCAAAACGAGCCACGGGGCUCCGAGGAAUGACAGCUUGGCUCAUCUGGGGCACAUCCAGACCAACUACAUCUGCCCCCAACCAGGAAUACAAUCGACUCACAACUAUGUCAUUUCCCAAACUCAUCAAGGUCCAGAGGUACCCACAACAAUAGUGGACAACCACCAUGGCUUGGACACGGUGUUGUCCGCAGCAGAGGGAAGCACAUCAAGCCCUGGCAAAGAUACCCAUCAGAGAGAACUCAGUGAUGCCAGCCAUUUCGAGGCUUUUCUGUGUAGUAGCGCUAGACGGCCGUCUUCUAUGACUAACCUGGAGGAUGACCGCAGAGACUCAGUGGGGAGUGAGGUCCUUCUACCCAAACCUAGAAAAACCAGCUUCAUGUUCAGACCACCAUCUGAAAGCUUGUCAUCAGUCAGUCGUUCCACGAGUUCCUCCUUACAUUCCUCAGAAGAAUCAGAUGAACUCGGCUCACUGCAGGGCGACAUGCUCAUGAUGCCGCCUCCCGGGGGGCGAAGAAUGUCAAUGGCAAGUAACACAGACCACACGUAUUGCAUGUUGAACUCAAAUAUUUGAAUCUGAAUGCCAAGUGUGUUAUUUAGAGUAUCAAUCAGUGUCAUGUAGAUGAUCGAAAUUUAUGAAGCCAUCUGAAACGGGAAAAUGGGAACUACUCUGAGAUACAAAAGUUGUAAAUCAAGGAUCGAGCAUGAGAAACACAUUUCAUUUGAA